ACUUUUUUUCGAAGAUCUUGCACUUACUUACCUCUAGGCAGCUGCUGUAAUGUCUAUGACAGCACGUCCUACAGAUGCACAAUUUUCAGCCAUAGAGCAACAAGCGAUACUUCAAUGGAAAGAAUUACAAGUGACGGCGGCCGAGAAUGACGACGAUCAACGCACGCUCACGGACACUCUAGGCAGUCAGAAUGUACAGCAUUCAGGGAAUCCAUCGCGGAGAACUACUAGAGCAUUGAACGAGAUGCCUUCAACUUCAAGUAGAUCAUCAAAAAAGCCUAUACUGCGACUCGAUAAUCCUCUGACUAUAGAAGAAAAGCUUUUAAAGAUGGAAGAACCCACUCUCUGUUGGUGCAAGAAAGAAGCAGCUACUUUUGACACCUUGGAGUUUGGUGUUAUCUACGAAUGUCACAAUUUACAGGAAUUUCGAACUUCGAAAAUCUCGGCCGCUAAUGAAAGCUCUUUCGACGACGUGGCCUCGAUAGCGAGCGAUAUAACAGACAAACGCAAAGAUGAUAUCAGCCGUAGUAGUUCAAGUAGCUCACCCGCUAAUGGUAGUUCAACGAAUAGUGAUCAAGUAUUUCCAUCCAAACCCGAAGGAUCGAAGAAAGUAGUGAGAUCUCCAGCCAUUUUGGAUAAGAUCAGAGGAAAAGGUCGUGCUCAACCUUCGAAUAUUUGUGGGUUUCAUGUUCAUAAACGUGUCUGGGACCAACUUCGCAAUCAACUACAGGCAGGAAACGACCUGGAUUCUAAUCAUGUAGAGCUUAAUAUCUGUCCCGCCUUUAAUCUCACAUUCUGCGCCAGUUUCAGGCUUCAAAACUCUUUUCCUAAACGCUCUCCUCCAGUUCCAAAAUGCUUUUGCAAUUUCCCUGUCAAGAUGCUGUUGAGUACCAGUGGACUACACAAAAAUCGAGUGAUCUUCACUUGCCCUAACUUCGAUGUCGAUAACGCAAGACCAAAGUGCAGUUGGGCUCUUAUUGCUGAAGAAGUUCCAUUUAUUCCUUCCAUAAUAUGUACCCAUGCGCUACUUCAAAAGUCUACAGGACCAGUAGAAUCGUCUGCAGCAUCGUUGGAAGCUACACCAAGUCAGUCACAAAAAUCUGUCGCAAAAGACAAUCCUGUUUCUUCUAGUCUCACUGCUCUAAAGGACUUAUCAGAUGAUAUUGUCAGCCCGAAAGGUUCUGCGAGCAGUUCCAUUGUCUCCGACGCUAUUGCCACGACAAGUCAUACCGAUCCUCGACCAAAUACCAGCGGCAGCAGCGUUGAUCGCCAUGGCAUUCGAUGGACAAAGGAUCGCCAGAUAUUAGGCGCAAGUUCAAAUGCAAAUACACCAAUUGUUGCCGAUAACGGUGCUGAUUCGAUGGCUGGACCAAGCUUCAGUAGUUACUCUGCAGAAGCCAAUGAUGAGUACCCACCGCAUCAAGACGGAUAUACAGAAAAAGACGUUGGACAUACAUCCGACAGAGCAUUGCAAACAGCAUCGGAUCAUGAGUAUGGAAUGUAUGAGCAAUCUUCUCCUCAGACACAUAGCUCAGAGGAUCUUUUUAGGCAACAUCAAUAUGCUCUAAGAAAAGCGAUUCUUCGUAACAAAAGCGACCACCAGAUUUCUGAAUGGAUGACUGGCCUAAAUUUACCAAAUCAACUAACUGCAAGCCAACAAUCUGCGCCUCCAAUCAGAAGAAGUAUGUCGAACGGUAGUCGAUCCGGGGUAAACAAUGGUGAUAUGUAUAAUGAUAAUGAGUCUUAUCAACCUUAUCGUGCAUCAGUAUCAACUUCAUACGAUCCGAAUUCAGCGUACAGUAUUCAAAUGAUGCAGGAUCAUACAUCCGGCGAGAAUCAUACAUUUCCGACGACCGGGAAAUCUUCGAGCAAUAUGGUGCCGCCUUCCGUUUACAAGACAUUGAUGAUACCUAAACGAGCAAGUGACAAUCCAUAUUCGAAGGCAUCGCUUUUGAAUACUCUCAACAUCUCAGAACCUUCCGAAAUAGAUGUAUCACAGCCGCAGCACAAACGAACUUAUCCUGAAUAUAACACACCCAAGUCUCCUGGACCUUCCCGAAGCAAAGAACAUGUAAUGUCUUCACCUACGACUCCAUCAACGUCCAAACAGAAUGUAUCACCGGCAACGCUGAACACCGUCGACAAUGAUAUGGAAUCCAAUGGAGGCACCAGGAAUCAAGUGAUGAAACAACUUGACGUGCUAGAAGCAAAUUUCCACAAGUCCAUUUCCAGCCUGUUUCUCAAUCAGAAGAAACAGAUACUGCAAAUUCAAGAACAAAUGAUGGUCGAUAUGGAGGCAAUACAAUAUCCUAUGUACGAAUACGUUGCAAAAUUGGAGAGAACACAGCGAAGUUUGCAAUUGGAAAACGAGCUUUUCAAAAGAGAAAAACUGCACGCAGAGGAGAGCCAUGAUAAAAUGCAACAAGUCCAUGCAGAGGAAAUGGACUUACGGCGCCAUUGUCAGAAGCGUACAGCAAACCUGGAGAUUCUUGUUACCGAAAUAUUACAGCAGAACGAACGACUGCAACAAGAAAUCGAAGAGAAAAACGAAGUUGCAAAGCUUUCGGACUUCAAGUGCAGAGUAUGCUGGCACAAUACCAUUACGCACGCAACGAUACCUUGUUACCACUUAUACUGUGAGGCAUGCGCUGACAAAGUAAAAGAAUGUGCUAUGUGCCGUAAAGCAAAGGAUGGCAUUCAACGUAUUUACCUAGGAUAGGCAACUGUACAUAUUCUGCUCACCUUGUGUUAUAGAAAAAAUGCCCUAGUAUAAAAAAUGUAAUAAUUAGAUGGUUAUAUCGUCUGUAACUUUAGUAAAAUCAUCAAGUAAAUGAAUUGUAUAGCGCCCGUCUGGUCCUAGCAGUCAGAUCACGUCUGGCGUUGAAAAAGUAAAGUAAUGCCGACCUAACG